AUGACCCGCAUUGACCUUCAAAUAAUUUCCGGUCUUCACCUCGAAACCCACCCCUCCUAUGCUUCCUACACGUUCCCCCAAACAGCCCCCAACCUCGCCCUCCUCGGUGACAUCGGCCAUGUGGAAGACCCUCAACUCUUCACCUUCCUUGAAGACCAACUCAGCCGCUACUCAAUCGUCUUCUACCUCCUUGGCAAUCAUGAUCCAUACCAUAUGUCGUUUCAGCUGGCGAGGAAGAAAAUGCGGGUAUUUCAAGCAAAUGUGGAUAAACGCAAGAUCAUGCUGGGGAAGUUUGUCUUUCUCGAUCAGACGAGGUUCGACUUCAGCGAUGGAAUUACGAUCCUAGGAUGCACGCUAUUCUCGCAUGUCCCUCUGCACCAAGAGUUUGCUGUUGAAAGCCGGAUGGUGGAUUUCAGGGAUAUUCUACGGUGGAAUGUGGGUGAGCAUAAUGCUGCACAUGAGUCGGACCUCAAUUGGCUUGAUGAUCAGGUUGGUCGAAUGGCUGUGGACGAGCCGCAUCGACGGAUCGUGAUUCUUUCACACCACAGCCCUAGCACGGAUCCGAGUAGUAGGGAUCCCAGACAUGAAGGAAGUGAGGUCUCGAGUGGGUUUGCUACGGACCUGAGUGAUAAGGAGUGCUGGAGGGCGUCUAAUGUUGUGGCGUGGGCGUUUGGACAUACGCAUUACAACUGUGAGUUCAGAGAUAAGGGUGGGAAGAUUAUCAUGACGAAUCAGAAGGGGUAUUAUGUGUACCCGAAUAAGACGUUCAAUGCUGGCCGUGUGUUCACGGUUGGCGAAUAG